AUGUCCUCCCCCACCGAAGGCAAAACCAUCCAUUGCAAGGCCGCUGUCGCCUGGGAAGCCGGCAAGCCCCUCACCAUCGAAGACGUCGAAGUGGCGCCGCCCAAGGCGCACGAAGUGAGAAUCAAAGUCACCCACACCGGGGUGUGCCACACCGACGCCUACACGCUUUCUGGCGCUGACCCCGAAGGUGCUUUCCCCGUGAUUUUCGGCCACGAAGGCGCCGGUAUCGUCGAAUCCGUGGGUGAAGGCGUCACCACGGUUAAGCCCGGCGACCAUGUUAUUUGCUUGUACACUGCCGAGUGUGGCGAAUGCAAGUUCUGUAAGUCGGGAAAGACUAACUUGUGUGGCAAAGUGAGAGCCACUCAGGGUAAAGGGGUGAUGCCCGAUGGUACGCUGAGAUUCACCUGCCACGGCAAGCCGUUGUUGCACUACAUGGGGUGCCUGACGUUCUCGCAGUACACCGUCGUCGCUGACGUGUCCGUGGUUGCUGUCGACCCUAAGGCCCCCGCCGAACUGACGUGUUUGCUUGGCUGCGGUAUCACCACCGGUUACGGCUCGGCCACCAUCGUCGCUGACGUGCAAGAAGGCGACAAUGUCGCUGUGUUUGGCGGUGGCGCUGUCGGUUUGUCGGUGGUGCAAGGCGCUGCUGAGCGUAAGGCGGGCAAGAUCAUCCUCGUCGACAUCAACGAUAAGAAGGAAGAGUGGGGGAAGAAGUUUGGCGCUACCGACUUUGUCAACCCCACCAAGCUUCCUGAAGGCACCACCAUUGUCGACAAGAUCAUCGAGAUGACCGACGGCGGCUGUGAGUUCACUUUCGACUGUACCGGUAACACCGACGUGAUGAGACUGGCGCUUGAGUGCUGCCACAAAGGGUGGGGUCAAUCGAUUAUUAUCGGUGUCGCUGCUGCUGGUAAAGAAAUCUCCACUCGUCCGUUCCAAUUGGUCACCGGUCGCGUGUGGAAGGGGGCCGCGUUUGGUGGUGUCAAGGGCCGGUCGCAAUUGCCCGGUAUGGUCGACGACUACUUGAACGGCAAGCUCAAGGUCGACGAGUUCAUCACCCACCGCCACCCGUUGGAGAAGAUCAACGUCGCCUUCGACGACAUGCACCACGGCGACUGCAUCCGGGCGGUGAUCGACUUGUGGCAGUAG